CGGCGGUGACGAGCCGGACUCGCACUUGUGCGGCGGACGCGCAGCCAACUACUCGUUUUAUGUUCAAUUGACCUUAUUUAUCCGAUUUGAUCUUGAACGGGAGGUCGAUAAACUUUUAUUGCAUAGUGCCAGUGUAUUUCCAAGUCAGCCAGUCUUGACGUAGACCCGGUUUGUUUGUUUUUAUGGAGCAUUUGUAGCAGCCGUAAACAUGGUUGAAGUUAAGAUAUCUGAAGACAUUAAAAUUGGCGCCAACAAACCGUGUUUUAUAAUUGCGGAAGUUGGACAAAAUCACCAAGGCGACAUAGAAAUUGCAAAGAAAUUAAUUAAAGCUGCAAAGGAGGCCGGUGCAAGUUGUGUUAAAUUCCAGAAAACAUGCCUAAAAGAAAAAUUCACAAAGAAAUACCUCGAGAAACCGUACAACAAUCCUAACUCUUGGGGCUAUACUUAUGGAGAACAUAAAAAGCACUUGGAAUUUUCGGAAACUCAGUAUCGGGAAUUGUUUAGAUAUGCGCACGAAAUCGGAAUAUUGUUCACAGCCUCCGCUAUGGACAUGGUAUCAUUCGAUUUUCUAGUCAAUUUAAAAGUGCCGUUUAUAAAAAUCGGCUCUGGAGAUUCUAACAAUUUGCUAUUCCUCAAGUACGCAGCUUCCAAAAAUAUCCCACUAAUAAUAUCAACUGGAAUGGUGGAUAAGAGCGCUGUAAAAACCAUCUACGAUAUAAUAUCGGCGCAACACAAACAGUUUUGUUUGCUGCAUUGUAUAUCGGCGUACCCCGUACCGUUUGAAGACUGCAAUUUAACCGUAUUACAAGACUAUAAGAACACAUUUGAUAUACCCGUCGGAUAUUCUGGUCAGGAGCUCGGCACGGCUGUAGCUUUGGCCGCCGUCGCUUUAGGAGCAAAGGUUUUGGAGAAACACAUCACCCUCGACAAGACUAUGAAAGGCACAGAUCACGUAUGCUCUCUCACUCCGACGGAGUUCCAACAGCUAGUCCGAGACGUGCGCGUCAUCGAAGCGUCGAUGGGCACGCCGAUCAAGAGAGUCGUCACAUCAGAAAUUCCGUGCAUCGACAAACUUCAAAAAUCUCUCGUUAUGGGGUCUACUAAAAAUAAAGGCGAGAUAUUGUAUCCAGGAGACGUGAAGAUUAAAGUCGCUGAGCCCAAAGGUCUAAACGCGUUACACUUCGAGGAGGUUAUUUACAAGACACUGGUCUAUGACAAGAAAGAAGAUGAUCCUCUCAAUCAAGGGGACUUCUGCUAAAUAAUGAAAAUAAGACGCAUAAUUUAAAUUUAAGCAUAUACUUAUAGCUGAUGUUAUUUACAACCAAUUUUGAAGUUAGUGAAUACAUUUCUUAACCUCCUAUGGACUGUGGUGUGCAUACCCCUAACUUUUAAAAGCAGCACUGUACGAGCCUAACUUCAGCUUGGACAUAAACACUAAUAUCAGCUGCAAGUGAGUUGUAUAUACCUAAAUAUUUUGUAUUUAUAUAUAAUAUAAGUAUAUAUCUAAAUAACAACGUGGACAAAUGUGAAUGUCUAAUAGAUAACAUUAUAAUGUCAUGAAAGGCAAAGAAAUAAACAAUAGCCUCAUAGGAACAUAUUUAACGGGAUACUGUUAUAAAUACUGGCGCCGACAAUAUGAUUUUAAUUUCAAUUAAAAUCUUAUUGUUAGCACCAUCCUGUAAGAGGAUAAUAAAAAGAAUUUAUUUUAUAAUAUACCUUUACACUAAAUCAUUAGGAUAAAAGAUUUGUUAUUGUACCAUACUUUUAUAUAUAAGAUUUUUGAUAUUAUUAUUUAGUUGUAAGGAAUUAAAGAACCUAAUAAUCCAUGA